UUGAUGAAGCUGCUUGGAACGAGGUGUAUGCACGGUUGUGUCGGAAGAUGAUGGAGCAGAUCAGUCCGGAGGUGCAGGAUGAUGGGAUCAAGAAUACGGAGAGGAAACCCAUUGCUGGUGGCUAUCUCUUCCGGAAGUAUCUUCUUAACCGGUGUCAAGAGGACUUUGAGCGCGGGUGGUUCGCCAAGGAGGCUACUGCUGCUGCCGCCUUGGCCAAGGCUUCUGAUGACCAACUGAGGAAGGCUGCGACCAAGAAGAAGGACACUCAGGAAGCUGAGCUCUAUUCGGAAGAGUACUAUGCUGCUCAGAAAGCCAAGCGCCAGGGUCUCGGUCUCAUCAAGUUUAUCGGCGAGCUGUUCAAGCUGCAGAUGCUCACGGAGCGUAUCAUGCACGAGUGUGUGAAGAAGCUCUUAGGCAAUGUCGAGAACCUCGAGGAAGAGGAGCUUGAGAGCUUAUGCCAGUUGUUGAAGACGGUUGGACAGUUGCUGGAUACGCCGAAGGCGCGUGCGCAUAUGGAUGCUUAUUUCACGCGCAUGAAGGAGUUGCGGAAGAGCCUCAAUGUUAGCGCGAGGAUGCAGUUCAUGCUUCUGGACGUCAUUGAGCUGCGUGACCGUAAGUGGGUCAGCCGCAAUGCUGUUGCUGCGAUCACUGCCGCUCGUGAGACGACAGCCAAGGAGAAAGAAACUGCGAAGGUGUCUUACAACCGUCAGAUGAACAUGUCCCGUGGUGAUUAUGGUGGCGGGCGUGCUACUGUUGCAAGCGCGUUGGUCCCGCGGGCGCCUUCCAAGUUUGGUGAUCAGCCACAAUUUGGCAAGAUUAACAAGGGUUUGCCCAUGGUCCUGGGUCCAAGUAGCGUCUUCGCAGGCGCCUCGGUCCCGCGGGCGCCUUCCAAGUUUGGUGGUCUCUCACAGUUCGGCAGCGUCUUUGCGGGCGGCAAGCGGGAGGCGCUAUCACGGACGAAUUCGAGCUCGAAUAUGUUCUACAUGCUCAGCCAGAACCUUGAACUCACGCCUGAGGCUGCUGCUAAGCCCGGUCGUCCGUCGAGUCGGAAGUCGAGCGUUGAUCUUGGUCAUGCUGGUGCUCCUGAGCCCGCUUUACAACGCAGGAAACUGCAGCUUCUUCCACGAUCCAAGCCUGCUGAAGAGAACACGACGACUCCGUCGGAGGAUGAGCCUGACGCUGACAGUGCACCCACUGCCAUGUCAGAAGCAGACGCCAAGAAGAAGAUCGAUGAAGACGUCAAGGAGUUCUUCGCUGUUCGCAGUCUUGGAGAGGCCGACGUAUACUUUACCAAUCUUCCUCACGAGCAUCGCUUCCGACUCGUGGACAAGCUGGUUGCGUCCGCGCUCGAGAGCAAAGAGGCGGAUGCGAGGUUGGUGGGCGAUUUAUUUGCACAGGCUACGAGCAAUGGACAAUGCUCGUUUGAGGUAUUUGAGGAGGGAUUCAUGCCGAUGGCUGAGUUUUUGGACGAUAUUGCUAUCGAUGCUCCCAAGGCGUUUGACUAUAUGGCCGUGAUGCUCAGGGGUGCUGGAUUCGAGAAGGAGCCAGAGCGGCUUCGACGGAUCGCUUCUAAGCUCGAGGAUAGCGACAAGCUAGUCUCCCUCGUUGCUUGAUCUGCUCCAUUGCACUCGCAUGCAGCGUCCACGUUUUUCGAUACAUUUUUCUUUUUUCGUUUUCCAAUACAUUUCAGUUGACG